GAUAUCCCACUGGGCAUAAACUGGUUGAAUCAACGUUGUUUCCACGUCAUUUCAACAAAAUAAAUCAAUGUGAUGAUGUUGAAUAAAUGUGGAAAACUGACUGGAUUUUCAAAAAGUAAUCAGUGGAAGGGAAUUUUCUUCACCCACCUUUUAACCUAAAUCCAAUGGCAUGGUGACAUUUUUGGUUGAUUUCACGUUGAAUUCACGUUCGUUGUUGUCAACCAAAUGUAAAUCAAAACUAGACGGUGGGAUAUGUCUUCAGGUAGCAUGGUGUGGGCCUGGGUGUGAGCCUCUGGAUCUCAAAUGAACUUUUAACUCAUGUCCGGACAUUUACCAAACGGCUCCUAGUAAACGAUUCACUGUAGCUCACUGAAGCUUAGAAGAUAGACAUGAAGUACAGUCACCUCCGAAAUGAUUGGCACUCUUGAUAAAGAUGAGCAAAAAAAACUGUGUAAAGGAAAUCAUACAAAUACUGAGCUAUGUUGUAUUCUAAGAAAAAAAGAAAAUUAUACUAUUUUAUACUAAUACAAUUGCUCAAAGAGAUUGUGUUUAACUCGUAAUAUUUGUUUCUCUCAAAAAGAUAGGGGUCAUAAUUAUUGGCACCCGUGUUUUCAAUACUCCUGCACCUUCCCCUUGUGAGGAUAACGGCACUGAGCCUUUUUCUAAAAUAUUUUAUGAGAUUGGAGGAGGGAUCUUAGACCAUUCCUUCAUAUCAGAUCCUUGAUAUCCUUCGUCUGUGCUUAUGGAUUGCCCUCUUCAAUUCACACCACAGGUUUUCAAUGGGGUUCCAUUCCGUAGACUGAGAAGGCCUUCCCUAGGGAAAUGGCAUCAGGAAACCACAAUGAAAAGUGAUGAAUCACCUUAUGUGUUGGUGCCCUUGGCCCAUCUUCCACCUUGUAACUGGGAUUGGUAGUGUUGCUUUCCUGUAAGAUGGGCUGAAAAUAGCCCUGUUUCCCCUAUAAAUAAGAGUCCGGGGGGAGAUUGCUAUCCAGUGCUUUGCUGAGCAGGACAAGGGGGUCAUUUGGUGGAAAGGGAUUUGGAGAGAGAGAGUAGCUUUAGAACAGUUCAGUCAUCACUGUACAUAUAGCUGUCUUUCCCACCUUUAUGUCAUAAAUACUGUAAGUAAGCUAACAGUUUUAUUCAAGACUUAGUAAGUAAUAAAGGUAUACAUGCGACUCCACACACACACACACACACACACACACACACACACACACACACACACACACACACUAUCACUUCUGCUUCCUUUCUCGCUCACUUUUAGCCAUUAUUGAUGGCUUCCUAUUGGUGGAAAUGGAGGGGGCAAUAUGUCAAUGUUUCCUGCCAUACUGUUCUUUCCCUAAAUAAACCCAGAUGUUCAGUAUAAAAAGGGAUUGAAGCUCACAGCAGUCUGAUACAGAAGACUUUCUUUCACUCAAGGUAGGGACUUACUUUGAAAAUCUUUGUAAAGAAAAAUAUAUAUUAAGCUACAUUUUGUGUAUGGCAGUGUUUGAGUUGUACAUUUAAAAAUUGCCGUCACCAUGAGGGUGGAUUGUUGUGGGUAUCGAUUACGACACCAUGGGACCAGGUUAACUUGGCACUGUUUGUAUGCCAAACCGGUGGAGCGUUGAAAUAUUCUGGACAGUACUUUCAUAGCACUGUAAUUAAGGAGCACAGAUCUGACUGAUAAUGUUACCUGAUGCAUAUUGCGGCCCUAGAGCUCAUUUGUUUGGGACACAAAACUUCAGCAACAAUUGCAUUCCAUGCCGGUAAACCUUUGCCUUCUGUUUAGUAUGUACAUUAUGGAAGCACAAUAGCAUUGUGCAUGACACACUCAUGUUCUAAGCUGUCAAAGGGAUAGCAUUAUUUGUAUUUCUAGGAGUUGAUUACAGUGCAACAUCUUUGGAGUUGGUAUGUGUGUUUUGACCCUGCUGUUGGGGUAAAUUACAGGGCGGAGUCUGCCCUAUAGUUGUGUGGGGAGGGGGACGUGUGUAUCCUCUUAAACAGUGACAAGAGACUGAUUGCUCCUUGAGGAACAUGGAAGUAGAUUAGAUAGGGAUCCCUAAACUGACCUGCUAUCUGUGCUGAGAGGAUGUGGUCAAGGCCACCACACACUGAGUGGAAGUGGAUGGAGGGCCAGAGAUGAGGACAGAUUGACAGUAAAAUAACUGGUGUAGGGCGAGAUUGUCUGUGUGUGACAGUGAGCACCGCAUGGCACGGCGUCAUACCUGAUGGAUGCAGAUAACUACAAGGAAAACAGGACACAGUGGAACAGGACACAUGAAAACCCUUAAACAUGUGCUAUAAGAUAUCAAUGUAUCCAUCCUGGACCCUUUCUCUGAUUGGUCAGAGCCUGGAGGAGCGCUGUAACCGGAUCCUCCGGGACAUGGAGGGCUCCCUUACGGCCCGGGAUCGGGUGGGCAUCCAGGAUUUCGUUUUGCUGGACGCCUACACAAGUGAGAGUGCCGUCCUGGACAACUUGAGGAAACGCUUCAACGAGAACCUCAUUUACACCUACAUUGGUACGCUCUUAGUGUCAGUGAACCCCUACAAAGAGCUGGGAAUCUACACCAAGAAGCAGAUGGAUAUUUACAUGGGCGUCAACUUUUUUGAGCUUCCACCCCACAUCUACGCCCUGGCAGACAAUGUCUACCGCACCAUGUUAACAGAGACCAACAACCACUUCAUCUUGAUCUCAGGGGAGAGUGGAGCAGGAAAGACGGAGGCCUCCAAGAAGAUCCUGCAGUUCUACGCUGUGAGCUGCCCCAGUACCAAACUGCUGGACAACGUCCGAGACCGACUGCUGCUGUCCAACCCUGUGCUCGAGGCUUUCGGAAAUGCCAAAACCCUGAAGAAUGACAACUCAAGCCGCUUUGGGAAGUACAUGGAUAUUCAGUUUGAUCACAUGGGGGGAGCUGUUGGUGGCCACAUCCUCAGUUAUCUACUGGAGAAGUCCCGGGUGGUGCAUCAGAACCAUGGAGAGAGAAGCUUCCACAUCUUCUACCAGCUAGUGGAGGGAGGAGAGGAGGACCUGCUACGCUGGCUGGGUCUGGAGAGGAACUGUCAGCGCUACAGUUACCUGGUACAGGGGGAAUGUGCCAAAGUCAGCUCAGUCAACGACAAGAGUGACUGGAAGACGGUACGGAAAGCCCUCAGUGUCAUAGAGUUCAGUGAGAGCAAUAUAGAGAGCCUGUUUGCAAUCAUUGCUAGCGUACUUCACCUGGGAAAUGUUACGUUUGUGGCUGACUCACAGGGAUACGCCACUCUCAACAACAGUCCGGAGAUACAUUGGCUGUCCAAGUUGCUGGGCAUUCCUGCACAGGUGAUACAGGUCGGUUUGACACACAGGAAGAUUGAGGCCCGAUCAGAAGAGGUGCUCAGUCCCUUCACCGUUGACCAGGCAGUAUAUGCCAAGGACGCUCUAGCCAAAGCCAUCUAUGGCCGCACCUUCACCUGGCUGGUCAACGAGCUCAAUGAGUCUUUAGCAAACAAGGAUUCCUCCAGGAAGACCGUGAUUGGUCUGCUUGACAUCUAUGGGUUUGAGGUCUUCAGUGUGAACAGCUUUGAGCAGUUCUGCAUCAACUACUGUAAUGAGAAACUGCAGCAGCUCUUUAUCCAGCUGACCCUGAAGUCAGAGCAGGAGGAGUACGAGAUGGAGGGGAUUGAGUGGGAGUCAGUGCCAUACUUCAACAACAAGAUCAUCUGUGACCUGGUGGAGGAGAAAUUCAAAGGCAUCAUUUCAGUGCUAGACGAGGAGUGUCUACGUCCGGGAGAGGCCACAGACAUGACCUUCCUGGAGAAGCUGGAAGAGAAGAUGGGAGGUCACCCCCAUUUCGUCACACACAAGCUGGCUGACCAGAAGACCCGGAAGACUCUGGAACGAGGAGACUUCCGCCUCUUACACUACGCAGGGGAAGUCACAUACAGUGUGGUCGGAUUCCUGGACAAAAAUAAUGAUCUCCUGUACAGGAACAUUAAAGAGGUUAUGCGCCAGUCUAAGAAUGCCAUUGUUAAACACUGCUUUCCCAGCACUGAGCCGGACAGCAAGAAGAGACCUGAAACAGUGGCCACUCAGUUUAAGAGCAGUCUGGUAGGCCUGACUGAGAUCCUCAUGUCUAAAGAGCCCUGGUACGUCCGCUGUAUGAAGCCUAAUGAAGGCAAGCAGCCAGGGCUCUUUGACGAUGUGUUGGUGAGACACCAGGUGAAGUACCUGGGGCUGAUGGAGCACCUGAGGGUCAGAAGGGCCGGCUUCGCUUACCGCCGGAGAUAUGAGAUCUUCCUGCAGAGGUACAAGCCCCUGUGUCCAGACACCUGGCCUAACUGGAAAGGUACAGCCGCAGAGGGGGUGGAGUGCCUGGUCAAGCACCUGGGCUACAAGCCUGAUGAGUACAAGAUGGGAAGGACCAAGAUCUUCAUCCGCCAUCCCAGGACUCUGUUUGCCACCGAAGACGCCUUUGAGGUCUGCAAGCAUGAGCUGGCUACAAGGAUCCAAGCAAAGUACAAAGGCUACAGAGUGAAGGGAGACUACAUGAGACAGAGACAAGCAGCUACAAAGAUUGAGACAUGCUGGAGAGGCAUGAAGGCCAGGAGAGAGAGGGAGAAGAGAGCCUGGGCUGUUAAGGUCAUUAAGAGGUUCAUCAAGGGCUUCAUGACUAGAAAUCAGCCAGCCUGUGUUGACAACACAGAGUACCUGGCAUUUGUCAGGCAAAACUACCUCACACGGCUCAAGGAGAAUCUACCCAAAACAGUUGUGGACAAGAACACCUGGCUAACCCCACCUCCCAUUAUGCAGGAGGCCUCACAGAUGUUGAGGAAACUUUACACCCGGCACAUGGUACGGAGGUAUGUACAAGGAAUCAUGACAGAGCGGAAAGCACAGUUGCAAAUCAAAGGAUUGACCAGUUCCAUAUUCAAAGGAACAAAAGAGAACUACCCUCACAGUGUGGGAAUACCAUUCGUGGACACCAGGAUAAGUGAGGAAGACAUCCACAUUAAAGUCUACCAGAUGAUUAGGCAAGAACGCAUCAAGUACAGUGUUCCUGUGGUGAAGUACGACAGGAAUGGCUUCAGGCCACGUUUCAGACAGCUGAUCUACACUGGAAGUGCAGCCUACCUGGUGGAGGAGGCCAAGAUCAAACAGCGGGUGGAGUUCAACAACCUCAAAGGUGUGUCAGUCAGCACCCUGAGUGACAACUUCCUGAUCCUCCAUGUCCAAUGUGAGGAUAUCAAGCAAAAGGGGGACCUGGUGCUGCAGUGUGACUACCUGUUUGAGGCCUUGACCAAGUUGUGUCUGGUGGCCAACAAGCACAAUUUUAUCAAAGUAGUCCAGGGCAGUGUAAAGUUUGACAUCCAGCCUGGCAGAGAGGGGUUUGUUGACUUCAAGAGUGGCCAGGAGACCAUGAUUUACAGAGCAAAGAAUGGCCAUCUGAUGGUGGAAUCAACUCGAACAAAGUCCCGGGCAAUGAUACAAAAUUGAACUGGAUCCAAUAAUCAGAUUCUACAAGGUUUUAGGCAUCUUGGGACUUAAAUCAUGAAUGAGAACCUGCAUCCUCUCAAUAAGGGUUGGACAUAAUGAAAUGAAUUCAAAUCUCAACAAACGGUUCGUACUGUGGAGGAAACUCCAAAGGAAUGACUACUGAUGCUCUACUCGGAUGAAAACUUCACCGGUUAUUAAGCUAUACAUCACAUGCAUGGGCUCAGUUGUGACUUAUCAAGCAAAGUGGUCAUUAAAAUAGGGCUCAUUUGUAAAAUAUGGUUUUGCUUUAGGUAUAUUUUCCCUAGAUGUCCCAUUUUAUAGCGAUAUAAGCAACAUGGUUAAAUCAUUCAAACAUUUUGUGAUUUUGAAGCCAUACUUUUUAUACUUUCUCACAAAGAUGCUGUACCAUAUUUACAUUAAAACCAACUAAGUAUUCAUAAA